AUGAGUCCCCUACCCGAAGAGUUUGACAUUAUCGUAUGCGGUGGUGGCAGCUGUGGAUGUGUAGUGGCUGGCCGUCUCGCGAAUCUUGAUCGCAACCUCAAGGUCCUUCUCAUCGAAGCCGGAGAGAGUAACCUGAACAACCCAUGGGUUUUCAGGCCGGGGGUUUACCCCCGUAACAUGAAACUGGACUCGAAAACUGCGACCUUCUAUGAAGGUCGUCAGUCCAAGUGGCUGGCGGGACGGAAGGCCGUCGUCCCGUGCGCCCAUAUCUUGGGAGGCGGUUCGAGUAUCAACUUCCUGAUGUACACGCGCGCCUCCGCCUCGGACUACGAUGACUUCCAGGCCAAGGGAUGGACGACCAAGGAACUUCUCCCGCUUAUGAAGAAACAUGAGACAUAUCAGCGGGCCUGUCACAACAAGGACGUCCACGGGUUUGAAGGGCCUAUCAAGGUUUCUUUCGGGAACUAUACAUAUCCUAUCAAGGAUGAUUUCCUGAGGGCGGCAGAGUCUCAAGACAUUCCCAUCGUCGACGAUCUGCAGGAUCUGAGCACUGGCCACGGCGCCGAACACUGGCUGAAAUGGAUUAAUCGCGACACCGGUAGACGCAGCGACAGCGCCCAUGCCUACGUCCACUCAACUCGUGCUGUCCAUGACAACUUGUAUCUUGCUUGCAACACCAAGGUAGAUAAGGUUAUCAUCGAGAACGGCAGGGCCGUGGCCGUUCAGACAGUGCCUACCAAGCCACUACACCCCAAUCAACGAAAGACGCGCACCUUCAAAGCUCGCAAGCAGAUCAUCGUCUCUGGGGGCACCCUAUCUUCCCCACUAAUCCUCCAGCGAUCUGGUAUUGGCGACCCCGAGAAGCUGAAGAAGGCCGGUGUUGAACCUAUCGUCAAUCUGCCUGGCGUCGGGCUCAACUUCCAGGACCAUUACCUGACGUUCUCGGUAUAUCGUGCCAAGCCCGAUGUCGAGAGCUUCGACGAUUUCGUCCGGGGUGACCCAGAGAUCCAGAAGAAGGUGUUUGAUGAGUGGGCCUUGAAGGGAACCGGGCCGCUCUCUACGAACGGUAUCGACGCUGGUGUGAAAAUUCGCCCUACCGAGGAGGAACUGAAGGAAUUCGAGUCUUGGCCGACGCCGCAUUUCAACGACGGCUGGAAAUCAUACUUCAAGAACAAGCCCGACAAGCCGGUGAUGCACUACUCCAUCAUUUCUGGCUGGUUUGGCGACCACAUGCUUAUGCCCCCCGGAAACUUCUUCACCAUGUUCCACUUCCUCGAGUACCCCUUCUCUCGGGGCUUCAUUCACGUUAAGUCGGCCGACCCUUACGAGACCCCGGACUUCGACCCGGGUUUCAUGAACGACGAGCGCGACAUGGCGCCGAUGGUUUGGGGCUACAUCAAGUCGCGGGAGACGGCUCGCCGCAUGGACGCCUAUGCCGGGGAGGUCCAAGCCAUGCAUCCCUUCUUCGACUACGACUCGCCUGCGCGUGCCAACGACCUAGACCUCGAGACGACCCAGCGCUACGCGCUCCCCGGCAACUUAAGCGCCGGUCUCCAACACGGCAGCUGGAGCGUCUUCAACCCCCCGCCGUCCAGGAAAGCGGAAGUCAACAUCCUGAGCAGCAACAGGACCUCGGUGCGCGAGGACCUCAAGUACGGCAAGAGGGAUAUUGAAGCGGUGGAGGAGUGGGUUAAGAGGCACGUCGAGAGCACCUGGCACUGUCUGGGCACUUGCUCCAUGGCUCCGAGGGAAGGCAACAGCAUCGUCAAGCACGGUGUUCUUGACGAACGUCUCAACGUCCACGGCGUGCAGGGACUCAAGGUCGCUGAUCUCAGCAUCUGUCCCGACAACGUCGGAUGCAACACAUACUCGACUGCUCUCCUCAUUGGAGAGAAGUGCGCGGUGCUAACCGCCGAGGAUCUUGGGUACACGGGUGAGGCUCUAGACAUGAAGGUUCCGACCUACAAUGCUCCAGGCGAGGUGGCAUUGCCAUUCCGCGUCUAA